GUCGGUGCAGCUGUGGGCGCGCCUGUCGGUGCAGCAGUCGGUGAAGCUGUCGGUGAAGCUGUUGGUGCCGCAGUAGGUGCAGCUCAGUCGGUGACGCUGUCGGUGAAGCUGUCGGUGCCGCAGUCGGUGCAGCUGUGGGCGCGCCUGUCGGUGCAGCCGUCGGGGCAGCAGUCGGUGAAGAUGUCGGUGAAGCUGUUGGUGCCGCAGUAGGUGCAGCUGUCGGUGCCGCUGUCGGUGCAGUCGUCGGAAAUGAUGUGGGUGACCUUGUCGGCGAAGUUGUCGGCGGCGCAGUGAAGCAUGCGACGCUGUCCUCGUCGACGAAGUAGUUGGACGUCCCAGCCAUGGCGAAGUUGCGGCCCCACAACUGGACGUACUCUGGCGGCAUGUCCGUCAGGAUCUUGAACCCGAUGACGAACUCGCUUGUGUUAGCGAACUCAACCAUGAAGCAUCGCUUCGCCUGGUCCACGGUGGCGGCCGACGCGUCUGGGCAAGUGAUGUUGGUUAAGCUGUUCGGAUCCGAAGGGUUGUCGCAGCCGUGCCCGAACAUCUGCGAGGUCACCUUUACCCCGAACUUGCCCCCAGAAGUGGCGACGUACUUCCUGGAGGUCCUACCAGGGAUCGGCGUCUGGACCGAACUCGUGCUGUACGUCAGCGGGGCUGGGCUGUUGCUGGUGAUGGUGUCGAAUUCGUACAACUCCAAGUCGAAUUCGAAAUCGCCGUCGACCGUGUAGACAGCGCUAACGCCGUCGAGUAACACAAUCUCAUUCUCCCCAUCCUUGUAGUGGUCAACAUCGCACAACGUGAUCUUUGGCCGGACUGGCGUUUCAGGGCAGUAGGUGUGAUUUCGCACAAACGCCGCCUUGAGAUUGACAUAUUCCCCUACCAGGAGGUUCACAGUCGCCGUGGCGCCAAAAAUGUUGUUCCAAUUCGUGUUCCUCGGAACAUACAUGCUUGUAUUAAUGAAGGUGAUGUCCACGGGGGACCCAUCUGCGGCAAGUCCAACGCCAUAAUAUCUAAGCUCAUUUGGCAUAUCGUACUGCGGGCCUAGCCCGCCAAGAUUCGAAUGACGUGAUCUCCCUGGAUUUUCCCCAUCGGUGUUGUUCUCCGAAAAGGAAAUCCAAUCCUCACAGUCAUCGUAGAGGCGUAUGCGUGGCAGAUCGGGGCACUCCUCUGGACACACGCAACACAUUGUAGCAGACGUGAAAUCUGAAUCGUCAUAAUAUGGGUCGAAGCAGAUGCCUGAAAACGGGUUUUCAAAAUCGUGCGCAUAAGCUUCACACCCUUUGCCAAAUCUGUUCGUAGCCCCCACUGCAGAGUCGACACAGGUUGUCGGCGACGGCGUCGCAGCUGCUUGCCUUGGCGCAGACAUCUGCUUCGAAGUGAGAGCGUGGAAGAUGCUACGAGCCCACUGCGUUGGACCCCUGGUCAUGUUCCGCUCCUCGUGCGACAAGACCACAAAGGACUGCAUCAUGAACGCGUCGCACGGCUGAAAUUCGAGCGGCCGGUUGGCUCCCACGACGCCUGUGGCGGACGGCGUAGUCGGUAGAACAGACGCCGCGAUUGCCAUCAGGAUCCGCACUGCACGGCAUGUAGCAGCGCAAUUACUCGAGAUGGACGACAUAUCCUCAGUGCAGUAUCGGCGGUGCCAACACACGUAUGACUAUUGAGCCACAGCGGCUACGGAACAUCA